AUGAACCUCCUCAAUUCUAGGUUGCAGCUCACGAGAUGGCCUUUUUUCUUGAUAAUCAGUUUUAUCUUCUGCGUCGCACUACUCAGUUUUUCCCAACACUCAACCACCUUGACAAUUUACCGAGGGCACGAGAGUUUUCCUCACUCUGAUGACUAUGUCCAGCCUAGCUCAAGUCUGAAUUCAAAUGCCACUCCGACCUCUGCUCUAGAUCCUGCAGCUACAAAGAAUCCCCCGAAGAGUCGCUACGCUGUGGCCUUAUUUCUCGGCACAGAAUUUGAUUCUGUGCUUGACGAGGAAGACGACGACCGACAUUGGUACUAUGUUGGAGCUCGGACGCUGGUUUACCAACUGCUCCAUGCAGAGCGUACAAAAUUCAGCAGUCCGGUUCCUGUCGUGGUUAUGGUCACCAAAGGGGUGCGCGAAAGUAAGCGUCAGCGACUACGGAAUGACGGGGCGAUAGUGGUCGAGGUCGAGGAUGUCGAUCACUCCGUCGAAAUCGUCGUACCACGCUAUGCCGAAGUAUUCAACAAGUUGCGAGUCUUCGAUCCUAGCAUUAUGCCCUUUGAGAAGGUGGCCUUGCUCGAUACAGAUAUGGUCAUCACUCGUCCUCUCGAUGCAAUCUUCGAAGAUCCUUCUUCCCAGCACUUCCUAGUCGACCAUAAUGCGACAAGUCCACUCGCUCCUGGCCUACCCCGGAUUCCUAAUAGCUACGUUCUAGCCUCGACCCCCGACAUUGCUUAUAGACCAUACGGCUUUCCUCCUAACCUAGCCGCUGAGAAGAAUCGCGACUAUUUUAAUGCUGGGGUGAUCUUGCUUUCACCUUCGAGGGACAUUUUCAAACACUACCUUGGCGUCCUCAACCGCACAGAGUUAUUCGAUGGCGUAUUCCCUGAGCAAAAUCUCCUUAACUACGUGCACCGCCGGGAUGGACCAAUGCCCUGGAAAAGCCUUGAUUUGUUAUGGCACCUUCCCGGCCCAACUGAAGCUGACUUUGAAGCUGGCAUGGCUAUUCUUCACUGCAAGUUUUGGAAACCUGCUCCGGAUCCGUGCCAGCAGAGUGCGGUUUCUCGACGGUGGGAAAUGCAGGGAUACUGGAGCGGUAGGGAGGAAAUACCAAAAGACUUGAGAGUCUAG